CAUAUUAUAUUUAGUCCCUAAUAUGAUACUACUAUUUAUUGUUAACUCACACUUCUAAUCAAAAACAUAAAAAAGUAUUCACAUGGAUUUCAAAUAUUAUUAACAUUACUUAAAAUCAGUUAUUUGCAAAACAGCAGUGAUUAAAAGAUUGCCUAAAUACAUAGUUGAAUAACUUCGAAGAUAUGAAUGCUUAUAAAGUAUUUAAAAAUUCAUAGUUGAAUAACCCAAGAAUUCUCACUCAUUGGAUUUUGUGUUUACUUCAUUCGUGUUUUCUUAGCUAGGAGCGAUAAUUAAUUACGACUUGUAUCCGGUUUAAUCCGGUUUAAUAAGAAAACGUAGCUCCUGUUAAAUAAUCUCUAACACAAACACCAAUAAACCAACGCAUCUUCUUAUGGUCUAACCGACGUAUCUUCUUAAUCCUCUGAACUGUCUUUCUUAACUUCCCAUGUUCUUCUCCACGACCAUCUCUCUCUCCAUAUAUAUAUAGGUCGCUUCCUCUCUCUCAUUUCAUAACACUGUUCUCAGAGUGAACAAAAAAACCGAAUACCUUAAAACCGGUUUAACGAACCGGUUCCAAUGGAUCAUCUUCUGUGUGACGAGUCAUGGCUGUCGGGUCCUUCGACCCCGGAGCCUUUUCCAAACUUCCGCUUGAAUAUUCACGACGAUCACGUGGAAAUGUCUCCAGCCAUGGAUGCAGCAACGGUCGAGGAAGCCAUUUCUAUGGAUUUGGAGAAAGAAUCAUGUUUCAGUAAUCACGGAGACAAGUUUAUUGAGUUUCUUGUUUCUAAGAAUUUAACCGAUGCUAGGUUUCAAACAGUUCAAUGGCUCAUUCAGACUCGGAAUCGUUUGAAUCUAUCAUUUGAAACGAUUUUUUCCGCCGCGAGUUGUUUUGAUCGGUUCGUCUAUGCGACUAGCUGCAAUGAAUGGAGUAAGUGGAUGGUGGAGUUAGUUGCAGUAACCUCAUUAUCGAUCGCAUCAAAAUUUAACGAAGUUUCUUCCCCUUCACUUGAAGAUUUUCAAAUGGAAGGGCUAAAUCAUAUGUUUCACCAUAAGACCGUUCUUGAGAUGGAACUCAUUGUAUUGAAAGCUCUAGAAUGGCGUGUUAACUCGGUCACGAGUUUCUCUUUUUCGCAAAUACUUGUUGCUACAACCGGGAUGGGAGGAGGAGACAUAAUGAUGAAUCGUAUCACAGAUCAUUUGCUAGAUGAUUUAUGCGAUUUGAAGAUGCUAGCAUACGCACCAAGUGUAGUGGCGGUUGCGGUUGUGUUGGAUUUUUUAGAAGAGAAAUCAGCUCUAGAGGAGAAUCUUGGAAAAAUUAUGAAUCUCUUUGGAGAAGAACACAAGGUGAGAAUUGCGAAAUGUAUUAAUGUUAUGAAAUCUCGAAACGUGGAAGAGGGCUGGAGAAGAGAAGUGAAGAGUCCAGCCAGUGUGUUGCAGAGAGGAGGCGUGAUGAACAUGAACAUGAACAUUGUUUAUUACGUUGAGAAUCUUUCUGCCAUUUUUCAGAUUUUACGAUCCGAUAAGAAGAGAGAAAGAGAUAGUCACGAAGACGAGAAUCGUCCUGCAAAAAGAGUGACGUUUGUUACGUCAAAUUAAUUAUCUAUCACAUUUAUGAAUAGAAUUAUAGAAAACAUACUACAUUUUUUGUAUCAACUGUAAACUGGCAUGUACCAUUUAUCUAUUAUGUUUGACAAUAAAAGUGAAAUAUUUUUAUAUAAUUUAACAUGCUAUUGGGCAUAGUAUUGCCGAUAUGAGGAUAAUUAAAUACAAUUUAAAGGAAGAAAUAAUCCCCAUAAAUAAAUAAAUAAAAAGUCACCAUAAAUUAUCAACAUGCACAUAAUAUCACGUGUGAGUUCAACGCAUAUAUCCACAAGGACCACAACCGCAGGCUGACUUCUGAAGAUAAAAAUACUGUCGUGUGCUGUGAAAGUAAAAUCCUCUUUUUUUAGUGCGAGUGUGUCAAAGUGUAACCCACAUGUUAACUAGCGAUUCUGGGAUUCACACAAACGGCUGAGAUAUUGAACUCAGGAGCUUGCAUUGUU